AUGGAAGGAAAGGCUAGCUUCUCCGAAGAUAUAACACAUCAUGUUUACGGUCAUCAAUCGACAAUGUACUCCGAGAAGGCGAACCGCCGGUGCACGUCCGGCGUGGGCCCUUGUCCUCAGCCCCGGGGCCAUCCGCACCCUUCGGCUCCGGUUCCGGCCAACCAACCCCGCACCGACCGUCCCCGAAACUCCCCGGCCGCGGUCUUCACGAACCCCAAACGAACUUCCCUCAGCGCCCAACAUACCUUGUCCAAGGUACCUCACCUAGACAAGACCAGUCUGCCUCGCCUCAACUACCCUAAACUACAAAUGACAAAUAACGCAGCCAAGAACCCCUCAUCACCCCAAACAAAAUCAUCUAAGAGCGGAAAGGGCAUCAAUCAGCCUCAGCCUCAGUCUCAACCACCCGAGACCGAAACCGAAACAAGACUCAACCGCUGGCAGCCGCAACGAAUCCCCUUUCCACCUCUUCCGAUUCCGAGCUUGGAAUACACAUCACCCAGCUACUAG